AUGUACUUUUUCCAUGCUGUUUCUGCUCUGGACGUAUGUUCUAGAAUCUUGGAAGCAAAACUAAAUGUUGAUCCAGUCACGCCGCCAGCUGAUGUUGCAGAAAUAUUGCAAGAACUUGCAUCCAUGGAACCUGGAUCAGAUUCACCACCACCAUUAAUGGUGAAAUACGUGGAGAAACAAAUGAGUUGCGCAGUUAAUUAUAGUGGCCUAAAUAUUUUCAGUACUUGUAAACCAAUUGAUGGUAUAUAUCUUGAUUUGAUGCAACAAGCUUUCAAAUCGUAUGAUGAGCGUUGGAAAACUUGGGGUCUUGGUCUUUUUAUGAACCCUUUGGAAAUGGAGCAGAAUAUCAGAAAAGACACGACUAGUACCCUGCCACGUCAUCACCUAUUGCAGUGGCUGGACAAACAAGAACCAAACUCAGUGAUACGUGUUUCAUUUGGAUCUGCAGCUUCAUUUACUGAUGAACAAAUAAGAGAACUGGCACUUGGUCUUGAACAAAGUCAACAAAAGUUCAUUUGGAUACUGAAAGAAGCAGACAGAGCAAAUGUCUUUAUCAUCAAUGGCAGUAGUACUCGGACCUUUGCUUUACCAGAAGGGUAUGAGGAAAGAGUUGAAGGAAGAGGAAUCGUAGAGCGGGGAUGGGCCCCACAACUAGAGGUGUUAGGACACGCGUCAACUGGAGGUUACUUGUGUCAUUGUGGAUGGAACUCUGUAAUGGAGAGCAUUUCAAUGGGAGUUCCAAUUGCUGCAUGGCCAUUGCAUACAGACCACCCGAGGACCGUUUUGUUAUUGAUCAAAGGUUUGAAAAUAGGGAUUUACGUUAGAGAUUGGGCGCGUAGAAAUGAGUUGGUGAAAGGAGAAACAAUUCAUAAUGCUGUAAAGACUUUGAUGGAUUCGCUGGAAGGUGAAAAAAUGAGGCAAAAGGCGGUGGAGCUGAAGGAUGUGGUGAAAGCAUCGUUCAUGGAUGGAUUUGCUAUUCGAGGAAUGUCAGCUGAAGUAGCUAUUGCCCUUCGAGCUUCUUUUGGUACUCCUCUUUCUUUAGAGAGAGCCAAAGCUACGAUGUCAAAGAGGAAAGUUGUUGAAGAGGAUUUCGAGGACGAUGAAGAUGAAGACACCUCUUUGGCAGUUAGACCUAGAGUCAGGAGACGUAUACAUUUCUGA